AUGCCCAUUAUCAUUCGUGGAUUUGUGCGAUUUAUUAAAACCGUACCUGCAGCGAUCUACAAGGGGCUAUUCUGUGGAGUUACAGCACUUCGACUGCUUGGCACCGGUUCAUUUCAAAGUGUCAUUGCCGAUGACUUUCUUAGUCAAACAUCACAGUCGACGGUGUCAAGAAAUCUUGAGGCUGUUGUGAAUGCAUUAACUGAAGUACUGCCACAGUAUGUGAAAUUUCCACUAAGUGAAGAAGCACGCUUCGAGAAAAAAUGUGACUUCUUUACAAACGGAUUUCCAAAUGUUAUUGGGGCAAUUGACGGCACAUUAAUAAAUAUACAGAGACCAUCAGUUGAUGACUGGUUUGUUUUUAUCAGCCGUAAAGGGAAAUUUGCUCUGAAUAUUCAACUGGUAUGCGAUGCCAAAAUGGAAAUUCUGAAUGUUGUGGCACGAUGGCCUGGAAGCACACACGACUCCUUCAUGUGGAGAAAUAGUACACUUAGAGAACUUUUUGUGUCCGGCCAAAUACCUAGACGGAACUUUCUUCUGGGUGACAGUGGAUAUCCACUGGAACCAUGGCUUUUAACACCAUAUUCAAACCCUACUACAGAAGCUCAACAAAUUUUUAAUCAAAAGCACAGGUCUCUGAGGGCUGUAGUGGAGCAUUGUAAUGGCCUGUUAAAGUCAAGAUUCCGUUGCCUCCAUGAGAGUAGUGGAGUUCUCCUAUAUACACCAACAAAAGCAUGCAAAAUAAUCUUGGCAUGCACUGUAUUACAUAAUAUAUGCAUACAACGAAAUAUUCCGUGGGACAGUUAUGAACUUGAAGAAGAAGAAACUACAUAUAAUAACAACAAUCAUACUUUCAGUAAUAACUGGAGACGAGAAGCUCCACUUAUUCGAGAUGAAAUUGCAGAAAAUAUGAGCCGAUAGUUUUUAAUUAGUUAAACUCUUGUGUGGCCUAUAUUUUCUGCAAUUUCAUUUUGUUUAAGUGGAUUUUUAAAAUGUAAAUAAAGUUUGUUUUCCAAGAGCUAGAGUUAGCAAUGAUUCUUAAAUUACAGUACCGUUUAAUAUUC